AUGGAUUCUGAUCAGAAGUUCGCCCUGCACGAGGCUGCCCGAGAGGGAAGAAACGAGGUUGUUGAGUCGUUGCUCAAUGCAAACCCAAAAUCUGCAUUUGUGAAAGAUGAUGAUGAGCGUCUUCCAAUCCAUUGGGCUGCGGCCUACAACCGAGUGCCGGUCGUGGAAUUGCUAGUCGCUAUGAAGGAUUUCGACCCCGAUGUAGAAGAUGGGUCCGGUUGGACACCUCUUAUGAUUGCAGCUAGCCUAAAAGAUGCCGCUGGCGACGCAACGAUCGACCUAUUACUACGAAAAGGAGCUGAUGUCUCUAUCAAAAGCAACACUGGACAGAAUGCGCUGCACUUCGCAAGUUCCAAGGCUAAUAUUUCCACUGUCCGCACCUUGCUUGCCAAUAAAUGUAGCGCCAGAGUGAAGGAUAAACGUGGCCAACUUCCACUGCACAGAGCAGCGGCAGUGGGAUCUGUGCCUAUUUUGAAAACUCUCAUAGAAGAGGGUAAGAGCCCUGUCAACGCAACGGAUGGGGACGGAUUCACAGCACUUCACCACGCUAUCUCUGAAGGACAUGGACCUGCCGCAAUUUUAUUGUUGAAAUCUGGAGCAGAAGCGGAAAAGAGAGAUAGUGACGGCAGACUGGCGAUUGAGCUAGUCCCAGAUGACAAGUCUGGAGCUCGCUCUAUAGCUAUUCCUUUGAACAAAAUCCUAAUUGGUCAAGAGAGUAUCCCGGACAAGAAGAAAUACAUGUCAGCGUAUCUUGUCGGCGUUGCAGAAAAGUACGGGCUCUACAAGCAUAUUCGAUUCAACUCCAUGGUGGAGGAGGCCCGAUGGGAUGAGCUCGAGACUAAGUGGCAGACAAGCGUCGUGGUAUCAGGGCAGAAAGACAGCGAGUUUUCAAGCUCCUACAUUUUGAAUUCCGAUUUCCUUGUCUCUGCUGUCGGACAACUCAAUCUACCCCGAACCCCUGACAUCCCAGGCCUGGGAGAUUUCCAGGGGAAAACGAUGCACUCUGCUCGGUGGGAUUGGAGUUAUGAUAUGACAGGAAAGCGGAUCGCAAUCAUUGGCAACGGAGCAACUGCUGCUCAAAUUGCCCCUGAAGUUGCUCGGGUUGCUUCUCAUCUCACUAUCUAUCAACGGACGCCGAAUUGGGUCAUUCCUCGCCUAGAUCAACCAGUAUCCACCCUUCAAAAGACCCUGUUCAAAUGGGUUCCACCCCUCCACUGGCGCAAACGUGCGCUUCAAAUGGAGUUCCGUGAAGCCUUUUACACAGCUAUCGCAGAUGGAGAUUCAGACCUUUCCCAUGUGAUUCGGGCCUCGUGCACCUCUGCGAUGAAAUCCCAACUGCCUAACCGACCAGAGCUAUGGGAUGAGCUGACACCCAAUUAUGCGCCGGGAUGCAAGCGAGUUAUUAUUACAGAUGAUUACUAUCCGACUCUUGCCCGUGAGAACGUCCACCUAGAGACACGGGGCAUCACAGGUAUUACGGAAUCCGGUAUCGAAGUCGAUGGAGACGAACAAGAACACGACCUCAUCGUUCUUGCUACUGGAUUUAGAACUGUCGAGUUCAUGAAUCCCAUCCGAAUUUAUGGCGCAAAUGGCCGGUCCUUGGAGGAUAUCUGGAGAAAUGGAGCAACCGCAUUGAACGGUGUUGUAGUCGAGGAUUUGCCCAACUUUGGGAUGUUCUAUGGUCCCAACACCAACCUCGGGCACAACUCCAUCAUCCUCAUGAUUGAGGCACAAUCGCGAUAUCUUAACACCCUAGUUAGGGAAGUGAUGCAAGCCCGCCAACAGGGAAAGUCUCUGGCUCUCAAGCCAGAGCCGGGUGCGUUGAAAAGCUACAACGAUAGGAUCCAGGCCAUUCUACGGCGUACCAGCUUCGCGGAUCCGAAUUGCAACAGUUGGUAUAAAAGAGAUGACGGGGCCAUCACCAAUAAUUGGUCUGGGACUGUGCUUGAUUAUCAACGUGAGCUUUCAAAGGUUCAGUGGCAGGACUACAUUGCCGAGGGAACUGGUAAAGACCGCGUCGUGAGCAAGACUAUUACAAAAGUGAGCCAUGCUCAGGAAGAGAUCUUGUUGAGUAAUUUUUCUUUACUUGUUAGUGCUAUUGGUGUUUUGUCGGUGACAGGUUAUUUUGUGGCUUCAUCGAGGCGGCUCAAGGCACGCUGA